AUGGAUUGCCGACAUCUCUGUGGGAGGCAUCAUAUUCUUGAUAUUGUCUUUGGGGCUGUUGGCCGUAGGAAGAGGUUUGGUCAAGGAAGCGGGAGCUCUGAAGGAAGCACGAAGACGACUACUGAAUGCUCCGAUAGUGAAGGGCGCUAUCGCUAA